CAUAUGAGACUCAUUCUCCGUGGCCCUAAGUGUGACCAGUGGAGGAGCUGCCCAGAUUUGACUCCACGUGAGAAGUUUCUGACCAUUGGAUGCCUGGAACUGCCUUUUCAGCUGAGCAGCCAGCCUGGAAUGGGGCCCCUGCUCAGAGGAUGGAGCUUCUUCUGGGCCUCCCAGCUUGUGUGCUGCAUGAGCCUCCUCCAGGGUACCUGGAGUUCUGGAGCUCUUGGUUCUGGAGCAUGGGAUUCUGGAGCCCAUAGUUUUCUGAAGCAGAUCCAAGGAGGUUCUGUCUUGUUUCAUGUGAACAAACAAGGAGCUGAGCCAGAGGAGAUCUCCUGGGGCUUUAGUCCUGAGUCUGACUAUAGAAUAAUGAUGCGUGUUAGAAGAGGUGCACACUUUCCAACCUGGAUCAGUCUCCAGGAGAAGUACAAGCAGAGGGUCCAUGUGCCCAACAUGAUGUCCCUGAGGAUUGAGAAACUGAUCCUCGAGGACAGUGGGCAGUACCGGGCUCAGGUCAGCUCCGCUGGAGGAAGAGAGUUUAACCAUGUGUUCCACCUCACUGUGAAUGAGCCUGUCCCCCAACCCCAGAUCCUGACCAAGCCAACAUCUAUCACCACAAGCUGGUGCAAUGUCACCCUGGAAUGCACAGCCGCAGGGGCCACAGAGGACUUGAAUGUGACCUGGGAGAGCAAGGACCUCCCUGGGGGGCUGGAGCUGAGAGGGACACUGGGACCUGUCACCAGCACCUCCACCCUGGCUGUGAGCCUGCCCCUGAGCCAGCCCACUGCCAGCAUCACCUGUGGGGUCAGCAACUCCGUGGACCAGAAAAAUGCCACCUUAGACCUGGGGAGAGUCUGUUGGACUCAAGAAAGUGUCCAGCAAGGGCCAUCAAGUGGAGCAGGAAUGGUUUUAAUCAUGAGUGACCUCAAGGGAGAAACCAGUAUCAGAGGAGGAAGCCAGAGGGAGGAUGCUUUUGACUGACAUUAGAGGACGACUUUCUAUGGGACCACAACCAUCUUCUUACUCGCAUUACCGUGGACGAUGCUGGCAAAAGGCUUUCUCCUUCUUGGGCUCCUUGGAAAGCUGGGAGUCCAGCUGGCCAAGAAAAAGCUUCCAGCCGGAAAAGAAGGGAAACAAGAGGUGCCCAAGCAGCCUUGAUGACCAGAUUGGGACUUCAUUUUCCUUUUUGUGCUUUGUCAGGUAUCCAAAUUAUAAAUGAAUGCUUUCUGUCUUCUGCCAAGUUUUGAAAGAUGUUUGUUAGCACAGAAAAUAUCUAUCUUCAAAGCUUUAAAAAAAUUCACCAGUAAUAGGAUUUGGCCUUACACCCCUGAAGGAGUAAAUACUUUCAUAUGUUUUUCAAUAAUUUCUGUGUUGGUUUCUUGAAGAUUAGACAGACACACAUAAAUGAAUUUUAGUAACUUAUAUAUUCCCAGAAACUGUCAUGAGACUUUUUCAAUGAAUAGACUUUAAUUACACAUUACACUCUGUUAGAGUGUUGUUGGGUUUUGUGAGGUUUUUUAACAUUUAUUUUACUCUUCUUAAAUAUAAGCGAGUCUUGCUGAAAGGCUAAGUGAUAAGUUGGAUAAAGUUUCUAACUGUGAGAGCUAUAGGAUCUCAUGACCCAGUUCACAGCUUUUCCAUUUUGGCCUGUUGGCAAAAGCAGUUUGGGGGUUCAGUAGUUGUAUGUGGUGUAUUCAGGGGUUGACUUCUCCCUCCAUACCCUCUACGGAGAACUUGAAAAUGAGGGAUAUGAGGGUUUUUAUUUUUUAAUCACAGCAAAGGUAUACAAGAUCAUUAAAUAGAGAUUCCAGCUCACAAACCAAGGCAAGACAAUCUCACAGAAGAACAUGACUAGAUUAAAAAAAGUCCAAUCAGAAGAAAGGUUGAUAGAAAUGUAACAUAAAUACAGGUGAAUUACAGAGACAAAUGAAGUGCUCUGUCAGGGUGGCAGGAGAACCCGUACCCCAGGCAUGUCAAUCCCUCCAUGGAAAUGGAGAGCUCAGACUCUCCAAGGCAGGUGUGGAUCCACACCAGAAGCAGCCGCUCACCUGUCCUGACUCCUGCUCCCCAGGCAGCCCCACUGAUACCCAGGCUUCCCACAUGGUCUGUCUUUGGGAGGAUGAUGCUUCGGUCAGGUGACAGGAAUAUCCAGUCCAGUUGACAAGUGUUCUUAUAAAUUAAUAAAUAAUGCAUUCCGGUUCUGUCCUCAGUGUCCUAUGAGAUUUGUUAGCAAGAUUGUGCAUCCCCAAGUCAAUACUGGGCAAUGGAUGAGAUGGAGAU